AUGGCCUCUACCACGCGACCAAAGCUCAAGCGUGAGGAUUACACGGUGGCAUGGGUUUGCAUUCUACACACUGAGCUCUUGAGUGCCAGAGCUAUGCUAGAUGAAACCCAUCAGCUCCUCCCUACUCCCAAGGACCAGAAUUCAUACACUCUUGGUCGCAUGGGGGAGCAUAACGUUGUUGUCGUAAAGGCGACUACCGCGGGGAGGGGCGAGGCCGCAACUGUGGCCACUAACCUCGUCCGGUCCUUCCCAAAGAUCCGCUUCUCACUCGUUGUGGGCAUCGGCGGCGGUGCGACAAAUGCACCUAACGUGUACGGGGGGACGGAUGAUAUCAGGCUGGGUGAUGUGGUCGUCAGCGAGCCUAAAGGUGAUCAUGGUAUGGGGGUCUUCCAGUACAACCUGAGCGGCGAACACGAAGGGGGCUACUAUAUGGGAUCACAUCUGAACAGGCCGGCGCAGAUCUUGAUCUCUGCGACGGGGAAUCUCAGAGGCGAUCACGGAUUGGGAGAUGGGAGUAUGCAAACGUUCAUCAACGAGGGUAUAGCGAAACUCCAAGAGUUCGGAAACCCCCACUUCCGCUUUCCCGGCCGCGAGCACGACCGUUUGUUUCGGUCGGACUAUAAUCACCAAAAGGGGCAGAUCACCUGUGACGAAUGUGAUCAUAGCCUGACCGUGGAUCGAGGCGACCGCGCUCUCCCCUCAGUUCAUUACGGCCUCGUUGCCUCUGCCGAUGUGGUGAUGAAAUCUGCUCGUGUCCGAGACCGGAUGCGUCAGGACCACAAUGUGAUUUGCUUCGAGAUGGAAGCUGCCGGGCUCAUGAAUAACAUUCCGUGUAUUACCAUACGCGGCAUCUCAGACUAUGCCGACACUCAUAAAAACGAUCGAUGGCAGCCCUAUGCUGCGAUGACGGCAGCGGGAUAUGCGAAAGAUCUUCUGAGGAUCAUUCCGCCAGAGGAAGUGGAUGGGACAGAGCUGGCGGCUAUCUUUGUAGAGCUAAAGCAAGACAUCACGCAGAUCAAGGCUACGAAUGACAUCACGCGUCGGAACAUGAUCUUAGAUUGGAUUACCCCUCUUCAUUUUCACAAGAAGCAGCGUAACUUGUUGGAGAGUCGUUUCUCUACCGGAAAAUGGCUGCUAAACUCGGACCAGUUCAAGCAUUGGGUGGAUGGGGCACGCUGGCGACUCCACUGCUAUGGGCUUACCGGCACUGGCAAGACCUAUCUCUGUGCUAUUAUAGUGAAUCAUUUGCAGAAAAUGUUUCCGUUGCGUCCUGUCCUCUACAUCUAUUUAGAUGACGAUCCGCAAGCCGAACAAACUCCCGAAAACCUGACGGGCAGUCUGCUGAAACAGCUGAUCCAGUUUGACCCGUCAUGCGAGAUACCCCAGUUAGUCGAGGAUCAUUAUGCCCGCUAUGGGUUAGAACAGUCGCCGAGUACCGAGAUCAAGCGCGAGGCUUUUGAAACCCUGCUCGAAAAAUACGAACGAACCUACCUUGUCGUUGAUGGCAUAGAAAACUACAGCAAGAGUGUAUGCGAGGCUGUCCGAGAUUACCCCAUGUAUCUCGUGACGAAACGUCAAAAGAUCAGUGUCCUUACCACGUCCCAAAACUACACCGAAAGGGAAAAUACAAUACAGUGCAACGUCUGCUUAAGGACGGACGUUGCCCUAUACUUCAAUUGUAGCUGUGAGGACGGCCAAUUCGACGUGUGUGGGGAAUGCAGACAAGAAGGAUUGAGAUGCCCCGAAAGCCAUGAAGGGGAAAUGCAAUGUGGUGAGGUUGAAGUUCAGGCUGAAAUGGAUGAGCUAGAGGAUUAUUGUCGUCAUCAACUGAAUUCGGUCAUCCAGGGCCCAAAGGCUACCAACGAGCCAAUGGAUGAACGGCUGAAUCAGGCUCCUGCCUUCAUCACGUCGAGCAAUGCUCGCUAUAUAAGUGACAAGCCUAAUCUGCUGGACAUUAUUGCCCGCCGGAUUGCAGAACUUGCACAGGGGAACUUCCUAGUGGCCAAGUGUUCGAUCGAAGAUUUUUUGCAAAACGAUAUUGCAGCGGCAACAGAUCAGGACCUGAUUGACAACAUACAAGUUAUUCCUUACGACUCGUUGGUGCAGCAUGUUAGAAAGAAACUGGAAAGCAUCAAGUGCCACCAGUCAACGGGCCGUACAAAUCGACUGGGCCAGGACGCGCUGGGCUUGGUCUACUCAGCACGCGAACACUUGACCCUGAAGAUGCUCACGCAUGCACUGGCCUUGCAAAGUAAUACGGGUCUAAUCGAGCCAUGUAACCUGGACAAAAGAGUGCCCAUAUUGGUGGCAUGCAAUGGACUACUCUCAAUCGACAGGGGUGACGAGGCCAAUUCAUGGCUUUCCUUUUUUCACCAUUCUAUGUGGAAAGUUUUGAGCAGGAUAGACCAUGAGAUAUUGAGAGAGGCGCAUGCUGUGAUGGCAAAGAUCUGCCUAACAUACCUGAAGCACCCAGAUGCGUUGAACCAUUGUGAAAAAGCUCAAGAUUACCCUUUCUUGCCCUAUGCCUCGAAGUAUUGGGGGGAGCACGUCAAGGAGGCUUGUUUAAAACUUGAAGAUUCAGCUCAGCAAGAUGCAUUCCAGUUUGUGCACAACACCUACUACAUCAAGUUGUGGACUAGAAUGGUGAAGAGAACAGGUCCUCCCAUCUCGAUCCCUUGGAUUCAUGACGGUGUUCAUAGCCUCCACAUUUGUGCUUGGUUUGGAAUAUCAGGGUUUAUCAAGAGAUUGGUCCACGAGGGUGAUGAUAUCAACAUUCGUGAUCGACGAUAUAACAGGACCCCCUUGCGAUACGCCUGCGUCCAGGGCCAGAUCGACGCGGUGAGCAAACUGCUAGAAUUAGAGGCAGUGCCCGAUGAUGCCACACUUUUCGAUGCUAUGUUUGGUUUACCGGGGGCGAAUCUCUUGCCCAAUGACAACGAAAACGAAGACAAUCGCUUUAAGAUUGCACAGAUGCUUUUGCGGAGUGAAAGAGUAAAUAUAAACGCCGGGAUCGGUUGGCGUGGUCAAACAGCUCUCAUCUGUGCAGCGAAACGUCCCUACCUUGCAGCGGUCAAAACACUGUUGAAUGAAAAAUCAAUAGAUGUCGAUUUACAGGAUGCGAGUGGACGUACAGCCAUUAUGCAGGCCAUAAGAGCUUCUAUGCGAAGGAACACAGUCAUAUACGGCUUGCAAGGCAGCUGCCAUGAGAUUGUAACAUUACUUCUCGAGCACAACGCCAAUCCGAACAUCCUGGAUAAAUCUGGACAAAGCGCUUUAACCUUGGCGGUAAUGCUUGGACGGGCGAACACUGUCAAAGCCCUCUUGCGCUGCAGUCAGAUAGAGUUGAAAUUCCCCAACAAGCUUCUUCACCUUGCGAGCGCAAAUGCACAUCCAACGGUGAUUUUCCUGUUACAUGACAAACUGUCAAACAAUUCACGCUACAGCCUCAACUCGUUGGAUGAAGCGGGAUGCACACCCCUCCAUCACGCAUGCCAAUCAGCCAGUCCCCUUGCUCGUGCCACUAUCGAGGCAUUACUGCAGCUGGGUGCUGAUCCUAAUAUUUCCAACAAGCAAGGUCAUACAGCUUCCAUGCUGCUUUUUGCUCUCCAGGACAAAGGUUAUGCAGACUCACUGGCUCUCCGAUACCCCGGGCUGAACAAAUCUCCCCCCUCAGUUGCAGCCGAUAUCAUCAGAGACGUGCCCGCUUUGAUUCUUGCAAAACACCACGGCUGGAGUCCAAUCCAGCAUAUUAUUUCUAGAAAAGGAGCAAAUCUCAAUUUCCGCGACCCAGUUCACGGGUUUUCCCUCUUGCACCAGGCCGUAAUGGAGAAUAAAACCGAGGUGGUGGACAUGAUUUUGUCCGCCGGAGUCCUCAGCCCAAAUUGCCUUGAUAUCUAUGGGCGGAGGCCACUGCAUCUAUCAAAAAGCAGGGAUAUGGCCAAGAUACUACUUCGCCAUGGCUGUCACAUUGGCUGCAUGGACCUCUCUGGGGACACUGUGCUAGCCAGCGCUAUCCGAAGACGAGUCUCCGACGUUGCGGAUUUCCUCGUUGAAGCCGGUGCAACUGUAACAAACAACCAUCAUGAAAUCCAACAUCUCCUGGCCAUAGCGGAAGAGAUUGGGUCUUCCAAGGCAGUCGAGGCUCUACUCAACCUUGAAUCUGGUGUUCCAGAUCAGCAUAGGUCGCAGGCCCUGGGCAAGGUCCUUCAUGGCCGCUUCUGGGCCAGGUCUACCCUUUUCAAAUCCAUACCCUUGCCGUUAUUUGUAUGGUUUAUUCUUGGUAUAUGUCUGGUUCCUGUGGCGAGUGCUCUGCUCUGA